AUGGACGCGUACUGUCUCAAGACGAAAUUUCCAAGCAGAAACCGGUUUGGAAAGAUGUUCGCCUCAGAAGAUCCGCCGUCGCUCGCUUUGAUAUUGAUCCAGGAGACUAUGUCAUUAUUCCUUCAACAAAAGAGCCAAAUCGCUGCCUUGACUUCAUGUUGA